GCGUACGCGCGCGCUCCCGGGAGGCAGCGGGGGCGCGCACGCCCGGGGCCACCGCCCCUCCCGGGCCCGCCCUCCUUCCCUCCCUCCCCGGCUCGCCCGGCCCGCCCUGCGCGGCCCGCCCUGCGAGUCAGUUCGCUGGUUCCCUCCCUCCCCGGGCGCGCUCGGGCCGCCGCUGCGUUCCCCGCCCUCGAGCCGCGGAGCCGGAGCCGCCCGCCGCCGAGGAGGAGGCGGAGGGAGCCGGAGGGGCCCGCCGAGGCGGCGGCGGCGGCGGCAAGAUGGCGGACUUCCUGCCGUCGCGGUCCGUGCUGUCCGUGUGCUUCCCCGGCUGCCUGCUGACGAGCAGCGAGGCCGAGCAGCAGCGCAAGUCCAAGGAGAUCGACAAGUGCCUGUCGCGGGAGAAGACCUACGUGAAGCGGCUGGUGAAGAUCCUGCUGCUGGGCGCGGGCGAGAGCGGCAAGUCCACCUUCCUGAAGCAGAUGCGGAUCAUCCACGGGCAGGACUUCGACCAGCGCGCGCGCGAGGAGUUCCGCCCCACCAUCUACAGCAACGUGAUCAAAGGUAUGAGGGUGCUGGUAGAUGCUCGAGAGAAGCUUCAUAUUCCUUGGGGAGAUAACUCAAACCAACUCAACGGAGACAAGAUGAUGGCAUUUGACACCCGAGCCCCCAUGGCGGCCCAGGGAUUGGUGGAAACUCGGGUUUUUUUACAAUAUCUUCCUGCUAUAAGAUCGUUGUGGGCAGACAGCGGCAUACAGAAUGCCUACGACCGGCGUCGAGAAUUUCAGUUGGGUGAAUCUGUAAAAUAUUUCCUGGAUAAUUUGGAUAAACUUGGAGAACCAGAUUACAUCCCAUCACAACAAGAUAUCCUGCUUGCCAGAAGACCCACCAAAGGCAUUCAUGAGUACGACUUUGAAAUUAAAAAUGUUCCUUUCAAAAUGGUUGAUGUAGGUGGUCAGAGAUCAGAAAGGAAACGUUGGUUUGAAUGCUUCGACAGUGUGACAUCUAUACUUUUCCUUGUUUCCUCAAGUGAAUUUGACCAGGUGCUUAUGGAAGAUCGACUGACCAAUCGCCUUACAGAAUCUCUGAACAUUUUUGAAACAAUCGUCAAUAACCGGGUUUUCAGCAAUGUCUCCAUAAUUCUGUUCUUAAACAAGACAGACUUGCUUGAGGAGAAAGUGCAAAUUGUGAGCAUCAAAGACUAUUUCCUAGAAUUUGAAGGGGAUCCCCACAGCUUAAGAGACGUCCAAAAAUUCCUGGUGGAAUGUUUCCGGAACAAACGCCGGGACCAGCAGCAGAAGCCCCUGUACCACCACUUCACCACUGCUAUCAACACAGAAAACAUCCGCCUCGUUUUCCGUGAUGUGAAGGAUACUAUUCUUCAUGACAACCUCAAGCAGCUUAUGCUCCAGUGAUGUACAAAGGACUUGCUAUUUUAAUAUCUUUUUGUGUUUUUGAUUGUUUUCUGUUUGUUUUGUUUUUUAAAAUAGUUUACAACAGGAAUUAGAAAAAUCUUGAUUCUAUGUUUAACUUCUUGAAAAUCUUAGUCUUUUUUCUGUGGCCUUUGGUUUGUGGCUGAAAGCUGUUGAAUAACACAUCGCCAAGAUUUGCUGAAAUUCAGGCUUUGAUCUGUUUCACUAUGGCUUCCGUUCGAGUUCUAACUUCCUGGCCAACCUCAGACUAGGUAUAUUUAAGGCUUUAAAGCCUUCCACUUUUCAAACUGAAUUCUCCUAUAGUGCCAAGUAUAGAAGAUGUCCUUGAAUACUUAUAGGGAUGAGGUAGGGAGUAUUUGGUUCUAAAACAAGUAAGAUGUCUUUUGUCUGCCGCACACGUAGCAGCGACUCUUGUUGCCUAGCUAUUUGGUGACCUAUUUUGAAAGGGCUGUUAGAAAAAGGUUUGAUCUAAGGAAUGGCAUUCUGUAGAUUUAUACAGGUUUAGCCUUCGCUUUUUUUUAACAGUUGUUCUGUUUUUAAAUUUCUAUGGUUUUUGAAGGUGUAAUGCUCUUAGUGUUUUAAAGUUUCCGUAAGGAUUUCUGGUCUGAUGCUGAUGACAAGAGUUCACGAGUGGUACAGGGGAGCAAAAGGCAAACAAAUGCCAUAUACGGUGCUUUGAUCAAAAGCAGUGAGUGAAAUAUAAUUUGCCUUUUUCAUUUCUUUAUCAUGUAAUGUGCCAUAUGUGAAAUUCUGGCCAUAGCAGCAACUAAAAACUGCAAGCAACUUGGUAACAGAACUUCUAAAUAAACUUAACUGUUUCAGAAUGUCAUGUGUUUUAAGUCCUGUUUCGGUUGAUUUUGGUCUUUUCGGUAGAAAAGCAUUGUUGCAUUGUCACAAACAUCUCUCUUGCUCUCCUGCCCAUUCCCAUCAACUCCAAACUGUGGCAUUGAUGGGAGUUUGUUUGUUUGUUUGUUUGUAGCUUGCCAAGGGCUGUAUUUUCCUGCCACUCAAGAAGGCAUUAUUUGAGAUUCCUGUUGAUUCUUGGUGUGUCUCUAAAUGAUACAGUAUGUACACGUUUGUAUAAUUAUUGUUUAUGAAAGGCCAGCUUUUUUGAGGUAUAUUUUAAAUGUUUUAAGGAUGCUUCUAAGGAUAAAUAGUGAUUUUUUAAGUUCACACCUAAGGAUUUGGCCUCCCCACACUCACUGCUUAUCAAAUUAAAACAUACCCAUGAAGUAGCUUUGUGAUUACAAAUACAUUCAUAGUGAACUCAUCAGAAUGGCUGGUUUGCAGUACUAAAAGUACUGCCUUGUAGGGUAUAUGUAGGGUUAAAAUUGGAUCAGAGAAACAGAUAUAUGAGGCUGGUGACAAUUUGAAAAGUGAUGGCUUUUCUGCUUUUCCUGAAAAUUUUGAUUAAAACUGUGAUAUCUGUCACUUUACUGUAUAGCUGACUAUAUUCUCAGGUAUUUUAUCAGUCCUUAAAAGAUUGGUUAACAUUAUGGAUCACCCAGCCUUUACAAGUCAGUGGUUCUUGUUCUGCCCUGCUGUCUGGUAUGAGAACAGGGUUUUUCAGUGAGCUAACCAGGGAUUGUUCUUGACAUACCUGACUUUCCUUGCAUUUGAAGUUCCACUAUCAUUAUAUCCAUGUAACUUCCAGUGUUUUUUUCAUGCCUUGAUAAUACAUGAGCUACAGAUAUGUAGCUUGACAUCAUAAUGCAGGUGUACAUAGUAUAAUCUGUGCAUGUUUGAAUAGUUCCACAUCUAGUGCUUCUUGCCAAAAAGAAUACAUCGUUUAUAAAUUUACAAGGUUAGCAUAAUUUCAGUGCUAAUGAAUAUCUGAAUAUGUACACAGUCACAUUUGGACUGUUCCUUGGAGUGUCUCAUGUGUAAAUUGAGCAGAUAGUUUUAUUGAAUGGCCAAACAUUUAAUUCCAGUGAAGACUAAAUUUAGAUCCCUUCAGAAAGAGGGCACUUAGUCUUAUUUAAGUUAUAUUUAAGAUGUCUAAACGGUAAAUAUUGCCUGACAAAGCACAAAUCGCUGUUUCUCCAUUUUGACUCACCACCAAGAACUGUUAAAACACCAACCAAAUAGAUAUGGUAUUAUUUUGGGCAUUUGCAGUUUUAUUCCCUGAUGUUUGUGAUGUCUCAGAAUCAACAUUGUUUUAAAAUAAAAUCUAGGAUAUAUUUUGAGGCAGUAACACAUUUGACUUAAGCUUGUUCAGACAUUCAAUGGGACUAUAAGGUUCACUCUGAAGGCUUUAGCACACGUUCUUUUAUAUGCUGUGUUUCAAAACCAUUUGAAAGGAGUCAUACCUGUAUCAUGAAAACUGGAUCCUUUUGAAAUACCACUGUAUGAAGAGGGAGAUGAAAUUCAGUGAACUGAAUUAAAAAGGUGCUCAUAAUUUUCGCUAUGCCAACUUCCCCCUAGUCGCUGAAAAAGUAAUUUAGAUUUAAAGUUCUUUGGUGUGUUUUGAUUUUCUAAAUCGUUACGGUUAUGAUUUGGAAUAAAACGUGCCUAUUUCUAUAUUACAUUCUGUUCUUAAACCUAAAUGCCUUCUCUUUUAAUUCUGAAGAAAUAUCACAUAAGUGUCUUUGUUGACCUUGAAGAAAUUUCUAGUCUACAGAGUUGCCUUAUAAAUCAAAAACAAAUUUAAACAUUAAUUUUUAUAGGGAAAGGGUUUUGUCAAAUGUUUUCUGAAGAUCUAAAUAAUUCAAGGCAGCCUCUGCCACUUAAACAUGAUUUUUAAUAACCUAAAUUGUUGCUCUCUGCCAAAUAUCGCAUUAAACUGAAAUCUUCAUUUCAAUUUUAUUAUCUGGAAAGAGCACUUGGUAGCUAGAAUGUAACUGCAACCGAAGAGCCCAAUAUGGAAUGAAAGAGGUCAUUCAUUUUUGUCUUGUUUUCUUUUAAGUUGUACCAGCAUGUACUUUACAUAGAGAAGGUCCUCUGGCUAAUCUCUCAAAUUAGAGCUGUUGAGGGAAAUCUCUGUUUAGUUGGUGGCAGUGGUUUGUUUAAAGUAGAAAGAAAUAGGAUCACCUUAAUACCAGAAAUGAUUAGAAAUACUGGUGUAACAUUCAACAGAAAUCAUAUGCUCUUAUAAUUUUUUGUAAGAAGGAAUGGGUAAAUCUUACCUUUCAAUGUAUACCCAAAUACUUGUAUUUAUGCUUUUGAUAAAAUGUAUUUUCAGCAUCAGUACACAUAUCCGGUUAUGCCUUAUUUAUGUGAAGAAUAAAGUUACCAAAUUAUGCUGUUAUGUCCUGAAACUCAAAAUCACUAUUUGAGAAACCCUCAAAUUGGUGCUUUUAUUAUAUAAUGACACAUUUAGACAAAACCCCAAACCAAGUCAUUUGAAACAAGAUUCUCUCUAUUGCAAUUUGUAGCAAUGUUAUUUCUGUGUGUGUAAUGAGAAGGCUAACUAUCAGUGUUAACUCUUAAUUUCUUGCUUGAAUCCAUGAAAUCAUGUGUGUAAAAGCCCAGUCAAAAACAUUUGUAACAAACUCCCUAAUAAAUCUAGAGAAAGUCACUCUGUUACCUUUUCAUUUCUUUUAGUUUUAUUUGAGGAAUCAACAAUUUUGCUCAUGUCUUUUUCAGUUGGAAAUCUGACUUAGUAGUUGAUCGCUUUGUCUCUUUCCCAUCAUUUCAGCAUGUUAACUUCCAUUAAUCACAGAUGAUCCACCCUUGUGUUGUGCUGCUCUACUAAAAGCACUCAAUUUUUUUUUUUUUAAUGAUAGGAUACAAGGUGGCUUUUCAGUCUAGUAAACAUGUGGAGGGGAGAGGUUAUGAGUGAGUGUAUAUGUGUCUCCUUGUUCCAAAUAAAGCAGAUGAUAUAGUACAUGCCCAUUAUUUUACGGUACGAGGUUAGGGCUUAUUAAAUUUGUACUAGAGAAGUAUAAAUUAUUGAAGUGUAAGUCUAAACCUGAACAGUUGAAACAAGUUGGACUUUAUGGCUUCUUCAAGUACCAUCAAGUAGUUAUUAGCCUUAGGCUGGUAGGUGAUUAUUAACAUUUGAAGUACAGUGUUUGUACCACUAACAUUCUUAUGUCUGUACUUGAAUUAGUAUAGUUAGCAUUUAAAUUAAUAUGUUUGCCCUGUGGCAUUCUGGUCUAACAGUCUGAUUUCAAAUGCUAGAGCAUAUGGAAUGUCGAUUGUUUUUAAAAGCAUUAAUGAUAUGGCAGUAUUUUCUGGGUUGAUAAAGAGAUUUUUUGUGACCUAUGCAAGUCUAUUGAUAAUCAUGAUGAAAAUUUACAGAUGGAUCAAAAUAAUGUUGGGACCCACUAUGCACAAGUCUUCAAUCAGUGACUGUCACUGAUAGUAAUAUACUACUUGGUGUUUGAUUUUGGUUUGUAUUUAGAAAGCUUGUUUAUGUAUUUCUUGCCAUAGUCAGUGAUGAAUUUGUCCUUAAGUAUGCCUUUUUGAUGGUACCAGGAACAAAGGGGAAGGGGUAGGGAUUCUUGCAAAGUGUAUGCAACCGUGCAACGGACUGCCCUUUCUUUACCUCUUACUUGAAAGCUGAAUCGCAAAAUGUUUUAAAUGGCUUUUCUAUUCUACUCUACUAUGGUGAGAGCUCAUUUACCGCAAGAAGCCUUAUCAAAAAGUAUAUUUUGUAACAAGCUCAUAGAUACUGUACCUAACAAAACAUGAUUUGUAUUAGCUCUGUAUGAAAGUAUUUGUGGCUUAGGAUUUUUUACAUAUAUCUUUUUAUAACUUUCCAGGAACUAAGCACAUUAUCUGAUAUUGUUGUACAUUUUUUUUUUUCGUCAGUGCUUUAGUUCAGUAUCGGCAAUAAAUUAUUUCUAAAGGAGGUCUGAAAGUGGAAAGAAAUGGUUUGAUUUUAUAAAAUGAGUUGCUAGUACAUUAAGGCUUUUUACUUUUGUACAUAUUUUGCAAAAAAAAAUUUGCCUCUUGCUAUUAAUAUUUGCUUUGUAAAAAUUACUGACAUUUAAUAAACAUUUAUAAA